AUGUGCCUUUACGGGCGAGCCCAAGAAGUGAGAUUUGGAAAUGUCAUUGAUUCCGAGCGACGAAGGUGCCAACGAGGCAAUGAAGGCCACCGCACAACGGACGUGGAAGGUGGCGCCUCGCCCACUGGUUCCAUACAUCAGGCCACGCUCACCUCGGAACAAGCUCUGGUUGGCCACACCCCUACGGCCAUGCCCACGCCAAACUUAGUGGAUAUAUUAAGGAUGGUUAUGAAAGAGAAGCUAGACAAUAAGUUUGCGGCUAUACAAAACGGGCAAGAAGAUCGGCAAAAACAAAUAAAGGAUGACCAACAACUACUUUUAUCCGCCGUCAGUGAAGUGAGUGGCGCUGUAGAUAAACUACGUAAAGAUCUAGACGUAGUUGAGGCACGGGUCACCUGUCUAGGUGCUGAUGUGGACAGCGUGAAGACUGGCCUCAUGAACUGCAGUUGGCUAAAAAAAGUAGAGAAACGUCUAGAAAAAUUGAUAAAGAGGCGCGACGAGACCUCCACGUCCGCUGAAAAUCGGGUAAACGAGCAACAGUCAGGACUAGGGGGCAAGUACUGCGGAAGAAGCCCCGUCGGCGAUCAUCUCACAGGCGUACACUGA